UGAAAGUGCGUGAGGUUAGUUGUUUUCCUUUACAGAAAACUUCAGCGACGUGAGAAACAGCAGAAGAGACCCGACUUUUAAGAAAACUACAUCUGUUUUUCAGUUUCUCUAUAUUUUCUUUCUGCAAAGAGACUUAAAUCUAAUUUCAAAAUGGUAAAAGGUGGAAUGUCCGUAGUGAAGUACUUACUGUUUCUCUUCAACUUCUUAUUCGUGGUAACAGGAAUAGCCAUUAUUGCCGUAGGGGCAUGGGUUCAAGCCAAAGCAACAACGUACGUAGACUUUCUGGGUGAUAAAUAUGCAUCAGCUCCUAUCCUGCUCAUUGUUGUCGGAGUUAUCAUUUUUAUCCUCUCCUUCCUGGGCUGCUGUGGUGCCAUCAAAGAAAACUACUGUAUGGUGAUGACAUUUGGUGUUCUUUUGUUCAUCAUCUUUAUCUUGGAACUUGCUGCUGGUAUUACAGCUUAUGUUUAUAGGAACAAGAUCGAAGACGUCAUCAGAGAUAAAAUGAAAGAAGGCAUGAAGAAUUAUAACAAGACGGGAUAUACAGGAGUCACGAAAGCUUGGGAUGAUGUGCAGUCUAAUUUGAAGUGUUGCGGGGCUAACAACGCAACUGAGUGGAAACAAUAUUAUGAAUCUAAACUACCAUACAGCUGCUGUCCAGACGGUGACCCCAGUAAAUCGUGCAUGGUUAAUGAAAAACAUUACAAAACUGGAUGUGUGGACAAAUUGGCCAAGUUCGUGGAAGACAAGAUCGUCAUUGUUGGAGGUGUUGGUGUUGGGAUUGCUUUCGUUCAGGUAAGACCUUUCUGUUAUGUUGUGAACGCCUUUCAGAAGCUGGCGAAGCUUGAAUUAAUUAAUAGUACUUGUCAAAAGACAUCAGUAUUAGGCCUAUUAUAUUUUCAAACCCUACAUUCAUUAUAUAGUCCCUUGGGGAUUUGCAAGAGUUAUAAGUGUGUAUACAAUAAUAGUAUUCCACACCACACUAUAUUCGCCAUAUCCACUUCCGGUGACGUGUAUCGGUCAAUUCACACAACUUUAGGCCCGCUGGAAUGCAACAAACACGGUGGUGAUCGGAACACUAUUUAUAUAAGCCAUCUGUUGCACUAAUUAUUAUACACUUUA